AAAUAAUAUUUUAAUACCUAAAAUUUGUUUCAGUGCCGAAUGUAGCAUCUAAUUGCUGCCGUGUUAGGGUCGCAAAGAAAGGCGUGUCGAGCGAACUGUUGGUGAAUCAAGUGAAGUAAUGGUGCAAUCGUUUGUGCGCUGUAUGACGAUAUUUUUGCCAAUUGUUUCACGGUGAUUAAACUACGCUUACCGAAAGUGUUUCCGGCUUGAUAGGCGUGCGAUCGCCGGUACGAAAGAUCCGUCACCUAUAACGAGUGCCCACCAUUACUUUAGACCGGUUCCUUAACGACCGGCGUGCUGAUAUACGAUCGCGACACGUUGUCUAGCAGAAGGUUUCGAAUGGAAUGAUUCUAGUGAUAUAUUGAUUUCGUUUUUUUCUCUCUGUGAGAAUCCGCGUGCUGUGUUGUUUGGUGUACAUUUGUGUCCAAAGAAGGAAAGUUAAGAGGAACGAUGAAUGUUGCUGGUAGUGAAAAUGAAAGUUCUAGCAUUACGGAUUAUAAUGAUCGCGUACCCGGAACUACCGUACAGAAUGCAAUCAAUAGUCAUGUUCAAAAAGAGUACCACGUGGAAGUAGUAAAAGAUAUGGCCAUAGAGAAGAUGAAACAGAAAAUGCAUGAGAUUGUUGACCGAAUGGGUAAAGAUGUGGAGAAAGAAUUGGAUUUCGCGAUGGAUGAUAUGUUCAGCGAGGUGAAACAAUUUAAUCUAAACAACUAUGAAAGAAAACAAUUGUACAAUGGAAAAUCAUCGAAUGGUACGGAUUCUCAAAGGCAGAACUCAACAUUGAAUGGAAAAUUGCCCAUUAAGGUGUUUAGGGCUCGUAAUUCCCUGUUGACGGAUAUGCUCGAAAUAAGGCACAUCAAAACGAUUUAUCACAUUUUCAUCGUGAUGCUGAUAAUUCUUUUCCUCAACACCUUGGUGCACGAUUUUGUGGAUACGGGCAGUAUCAAUCUGGGAUUGCGACCGAUCAUAGCUGGGUUCGGAAAGUUCCAUAUAGCAGUAAUGUUGUGGUGUUGUAUGCAAACUUCCAAUUUCUUACUCUAUCCAUGCUUCCGAAUGUGGGCUGUAAAACGUAAUACCUCUAAUCCGGGAUCUGCUGGACAAAAAUGUUGGGACUGGACCGCAAUCGCACUGUUCAUCUUGUAUCAGUGGGGAUUUUUCCUUGCUGCAAUUGCAUCUCACGUGUGGUUUGACCUUCCACCAGCAACUGGUGUGGCUUACCUGAUGGAAAUGGUUCGCUUCAUGAUGAAAUCGCACGCCUUCGUCCGCAGUAGCGCACCGAAAGCAUUGACAAGCGAUAAAAACGAGGCAGACUUUGAGUCGAUUCAUGCAGAAACUUCCUGUCGUCUACCAUCGUUUUCAAAGUAUGUCUACUUUAUGUUUGCACCCACCUUAGUAUACCGAGAUGACUAUCCACGAACGAGAACGAUCCGCUGGCGCGUGGUAGCUCGUCAUGCGCUUGAGAUGGUGGGAGCCGUUUUCUUCCUUAGCUUUAUCCUGGAACGACUGCUGACACCGUUAUAUGAGAAUUUUGGCACCGCUCAGAUUAGCUCCGGCAGCUUCGUAAAGUCACUGUUCUCUAGCUUACUGCCCGGAACAUUGAUUACGCUGUGUUUCUUCUAUUGCUCACUGCAUUCAUGUAUGAAUAUCGUGGCCGAACUGUCACGGUUUGCUGAUCGGAUGUUCUAUCGCGACUGGUGGAAUGAGUCUACGUUUGCCGGAUACAUCCGAUCAUGGAACGUGGUGGUGCACGAUUGGCUAUACACCUACGUGUACAAAGAUUGUGUCGAACAUGUGUUCUGUAACUGUAGGCCACUGGCUACCGUGGCCGUAUUUACUUUUUCGGCCGUGCUCCAUGAGAUCAUAAUGGCGUUUACAUUCCGUUUCUUUUAUCCGGUAAUGUUUGUGCAGUUGGAGUUUCUUGGCUUACUGUUGAUGUUUGUCAUGAAGCGGAUGGGCAAAGAUGUGGGAAAUGUGCUGGUUUGGCUGAUGAUUUCCAUUGGCAAUGGGUUAAAUCUGAGUCUGUACAGCAUGGAAUACUACGCGCGGCGAAACUGUCCGGAUGUUGGUACAUCCCUUGUGGACUACUUAGUACCCGUAUCAUGGUUUUGCAACGGCAUAUCGCAUAAUCCCAACUGGACCAUCACGGCACCGUGGAGUCUCCAAUGACGGAACAGGACGAUGCAGAAAAGACUGAAAUAGAUUUAAAUGUACGGUAUAAGUCCUUACUUUGAUAACGGUUGUUGAAAACGCUAUAAUGUGUGAAACGAAAUAAAACGUUCCUCUAUUGUAUAUGAAA